AUGACUUUGUUUGUGAGUCUUGGUGGCAUCUUAGUGACCUGCCGGGAUCAAUCGCCGGUGGCGCUGGGGGGAAUUGCAGCUGAAUACAUCACCUAUGGACAGGCCAAUGGCGGCAUGUCCGACCUUCUCCAAUUGGAGGCCCUCUUCGGAGCUUUGAAGUUCGAUCAGCAGCAGACAAACGUCCUGCUUCGCACGAAUGUCAUGAACACCGUCUCCAUUCUCGAGCGCGAGCGCAAGGCCCAUGAUGCGCUGGUUGACGCCAUGGGCCGAGACUCCUUGACUUCCAGAGCACAGGUCCUGCGCCGGAAUUACCAAGAUGGAGUAUUUCUGCCGCUAACCAGGCCUGAGGAGUAUGCGGAGGCCCACCGGACCAUGGUCAAGGUCUUCAGCAACGUUCUCGCAGACCCAAAGAACGAGAAGUUCCGGACUUUGCGGAAAGCCAACGCGGUUGUGCAGGACAAGCUGAAGCAUCCUGCCUGCAAGCAAGCGCUGCUACUGUGCGGCUUCACCGAGGAGGAAGACUGCUACGUCUGUCCGCCUUCGGCAGACCUUUCCACCAUGCGGCGUGUCUGCGCGCAGCUGAAGGCCUUGCCACCGGCGGCCGGAGGACGGUGA